AUGGUAGGUGUGGAUACCGUUCUCAAGCCGGCGCUUGAAGCCGAAGCCUGUCCGGUGUGUGGCGAUCGAGUCUCUGGAUAUCACUACGGAUUGCUAACUUGCGAAAGUUGCAAGGGUCGUAGUCCAAGGCCAGUUACUUUGCACUGUCUCUACUGUCAGCUAACUUUCGUUUCAUUCCAGGGUUUCUUCAAACGAACUGUGCAGAACAAGAAGCACUAUCAAUGUUCUGCGGAUUCAUCCUGUCACGUCGACAAGACUUGUCGAAAACGCUGCCCCAGCUGUCGUUUUGCAAAAUGUAUGGCCGAAGGAAUGAAAGUAGAAGGUAAGCAGGGGAUACAUAAACAGCAUACUAUCGAAGUUCAAAUACUCUACCAAUUCUGUGGAAAAAUGGCAUUCUUAGCGAGUACGGAACCACAACUACUGCUGCUACAAAGCGCUGUUCGUGAAGACCGAAUGCGAGGCGGUAGAAACAAGUUCGGCUCAUACUACAAAAGAGAUCGAGCAGCUCGCAUGCAACGCAUCGCCCUACAAGGUAGCAAUCCACAGGCUAAUCCGGGUGCCUUCUAUACACCGCAGCCACCAAUGGACCAUCAAGUGACAAGCAGGUAAUG